AUGGGCUCCGCUGCUUCGAAGCCUGCGAGAUCUGCUGCAGGCGCAGCUUCGCGCCGCCAAUACCCUAAACAGCCUCCGCCUCCUCCAAGGGAACCGGCGCCGGCACCCAAAGCAACAAAAGCGCCCUCUCCGACAUCUACGCCCACGCCUCCAUCCCCUUCUCAAGCACCAGCUCCUGCGCCCGCCACCAUGUCCCAAGGACCGAUAUAUCACAGCUCAGAGCAGGCAUCGCAAGUGAAAUCUAGUGCAAUCGACCUCGACGGCCGCGACCCCGACUUCGCCGCCUCCCUCCGCUCCAUCGGCCCCGUCAACCCCUCGCCCACACACUCCAACUCCAGCACCUUCAACCGCCCAGGAUCCAUGCAGACCAUCUUCCCGCAGUCCUCCAACCCCGCACUCCUCGUCAUGACCGCGCGCCAGCGAGUGGCCAAGGCUGUCGCCGAAGAGUCUGACCAACUUGGGCGCCAGAGCUUUAAUGGCCGACGGUUCGUCGAUGCGCUGACGCUCCAGCAGGCGCUGACGAUGCGCGAUCGACAGAAGAUGCCGCGCGCGGAGAUUGAGAAUAUUCUGCGUCUUCAGCCGGGGGUUAUGGAUCGGUUGGGGAUGGAGGGCUUGGUGUCGCGGGUAUGA